ACUAUCACAUCGCGCUGCAGAGUGGAGUGUUGCCUGUGCUGGGGCUGGAAGCAGCGAGAAGCCCUGCGUCCUGUAUAGCCGCCUGUGCCCAGUGCUCACGGGCAUCUGGUCUCUGAGAAGGCUGGCAGUCCUCCAUACCCCGGGGCACGGUGUAGAGAUGUGUGACUCGUGAUGUGCUGACCUUUCCAUUGGCUUGUUUUAUCAGGAUACUCAAGGCCUUGGAAUGCUAGAACUCUAACUGGCUGCAGAUUAGGAGAGAGCCAUCAAUAUGGAGACUGCCGUCUCAGAAGUGGAACCUGAGAAAACUUUGCCUCAUUGUGAGAUCAAAGACCCCCAUGGAUCAGCACAAACGCUGACAAACAGUGAUGAAUCUCCAGUGAUAGCCUCGGCAAAAAUGAGCCAGCGGCAGGGUAAAGAUGCAUAUCUAUCUCCAACCAAAGACCUGGUCCAGGCUACACUAAGCCCCGGCAUCAUCCAGAGUCAUGGUUUUGAUAGAGGAAAGGAUGAAGUCUUGCAGUGCAAAGAUGAUUCGGCUAACUCCAUGUCCAAAAGCAAGUCCGAGUCUAAAUUAUACAAUGGAUCUGAAAAGGACAUUGCUGCAGCCUCAAGUAAACUUACAAAAAAAGAGUCUCUUAAGGUCCAAAAGAAAAAUUAUAGAGAGGAGAAAAAAAGGGCUACGAAAGAGUUGCUCAGUACAAUCACAGACCCAUCUGUUAUUGUCAUGUCCGACUGGCUUAAGAUUAGAGGAACAUUAAAAAGCUGGACAAAACUGUGGUGUGUGUUAAAACCAGGAGUCCUUUUAAUCUACAAAACCCCUAAAAAUGGACAAUGGGUAGGCACAGUGUUGUUGAAUGCUUGUGAGAUCAUUGAGAGGCCCUCUAAGAAGGAUGGAUUCUGCUUCAAACUCUUUCAUCCACUGGAGCAAUCAAUCUGGGCUGUUAAGGGUCCUAAAGGUGAAGGAGUAGGAUCCAUUACACAGCCCCUUCCAAGCAGUUACUUAAUUAUUCGAGCUGCCUCAGAGUCAGAUGGAAGGUGCUGGAUGGAUGCUCUAGAAUUGGCUCUGAAAUGCUCCAGUCUACUAAAGCGCACGAUGAUCAGGGAAGGUAAAGAGCAUGAUCUGAACUCCUCUGGUGAAAAUAGCCAUGUCAACUUUUAUGGCCUUCUGAGGGCAAACAACGUCCACAGCAAUGAGAACUUCCAGUUGAAUGACAGUGAAAUUGAAAGGCAGCACUUUAAAGACCAAGACACCUAUUCAGAUAAAUCUGAUAAAGACAAUGACCACGAUCAUGAGGACUCUGACAAUGAUGGACUCGGUAAAAGUGAGGAGAGUGACAGUGACACUUCAGAAAGACAGGAUGACUCCUUUAUUGAUCCUGAACCUUCUGAUCUAAUUAAAGAAACCACAUACAUUGAAGAAGCCCAUGAAGAGCUUGGAGAGGCUGGUGAGGCAUCACAAACAGAAACUGUGUCAGAAGAGCACAAGAGUCUGAUCUGGACUUUACUGAAGCAGGUUCGGCCAGGAAUGGACUUGUCCAAAGUGGUGCUUCCCACCUUCAUACUGGAGCCCCGCUCUUUCUUAGACAAGCUAUCUGAUUAUUAUUAUCAUGCUGACUUCCUGUCUGAGGCGGCUUUGGAAGAAAAUGCAUAUAGUCGAAUGAAGAAAGUUGUGAAGUGGUAUCUUUCAGGAUUCUACAAAAAACCAAAGGGCCUGAAGAAACCUUACAACCCUAUCCUUGGAGAAACCUUUCGCUGUUUAUGGAUACAUCCGAAAACCAGUAGCAAGACCUUUUAUAUUGCUGAGCAGGUUUCCCAUCAUCCACCUGUGUCUGCCUUUUAUGUCAGCAAUCGAAAAGAUGGAUUUUGUCUUAGUGGGAGUAUUUUGGCCAAAUCAAAAUUUUAUGGUAAUUCCUUAUCUGCUAUCCUGGAAGGUGAUGGGAGACUGACCUUCCUUAACAGAGGGGAGGACUAUACCAUGACCAUGCCAUAUGCCCAUUGUAAAGGCAUCCUGUAUGGCACAAUGACACUUGAGCUUGGAGGAAAUGUCACCAUCACAUGUGAGAAAACUGGUUACAGUGCUAUUCUGGAGUUUAAACUUAAGCCAUUUCUUGGAAACGAUGAUAGUGUUAAUCAGAUAUCAGGGAAAAUAAAACUGGGAAAGGAAGUCCUGGCCACUUUGGAAGGUCAUUGGGACAGUGAAGUCUUUAUUCAUGAAAAGAAGACCGAUCUGUCUGAGACCUUCUGGAACCCUACAUAUGAGAUUAGGCAGGGGAGACUAACCCGUUGUACAGUAUUUCGAGAUGAGCAGGGAGAAUUUGAAUCUGAAAGGCUCUGGCAACAUGUUACAAGGGCGAUCAAUAACAAAGACCAGACAGAAGCCACUCAGGAGAAGUUUGUUUUAGAGGAAGCUCAGAGGAAAGCUGCCAAGGAGAGAAAGUCAAAGGGAGAGGACUGGUCAUGUAAUCUCUUUGAACAGGAUCCAAUCUCGGGAGAAUGGCAUUACAGAUAUGCGGAUACUCGACCAUGGGACCCCCUCAACGACCUGGUUCAGUUUGAGAAAGACGGUGCCGUCCAGACAAAAGUCAGACAUAGGACUCCAAUGGUACGUUCGGGGAGUGUAAUUAGUCUCAAUAACCAUGGGGCAAAGCGGGACAAAUGCAAUUAUCAGGUUUGUGUUCCAAAGUUGCAGCAUAAAUCAGGUGGUCAGCAGAAGAAAGGAGAAAGUGGGUGCUCCUCCCCUGAGCUGGAUAACCAGGAUUCUUCUGGCAGCGAAGCUCAUGUAUUAGCUCACAGCACUAGAAGCAGAAAGAAGGUGGCAGAUCAUGGAGAACUACAAAGUGCCAUAGAAUCUAUCAAGAAAACACAAGAAGAAAUCAACAGGAACAUCAUCGCUCUUCGUAAUCGUGUAACUACAAAUGCCUCAAACUCAGAAAGCAGUUUCCUUCAGCAAAGAGACUAUUGUAUUAUUAUAUUCCUAAUUUUGCUUCAGAUUGCCAUUAACUAUUUGUUCAAGUAAAAGAAAAUGACUCGCAUAGAAGUAUGUGGAGUCUGGAACUGUUGGAUUGGGACCACUUCUUGCCUCACUAGCAUUUUCAGUGCUUUUUAUCCCCACCAUGAUAGAGGUCAGAUGAUUUGGACUCUUAGGUGCAAUAUUAUUUUUCUUUUUAAAAUGGUGGCCCACGACUCUGGAGUCUUGUUCAACUUGUCAAUUUUUAUCCACGUCACCAGUAGAACAAGUAUGAAAGUGCCCACACUGUCUGCCAAGCUGUCUUAUGGAUUCACUGUUGGAAUAAGUUGUGUUAUACAGUACACUGUUUAGAAAUAUUCAUGUUACAGAUAUGUAUGAGCACAUGUUGUAAAUAUGUUGCUGGCUGUCAUUUUCUGGUCUUCAGAUUGAACAUGAACUAAAAAUACCUUGAACAUUCACCACGAGAUAAUAACCUGGAAAACAAAGUUUUUGUUAAGUCAGGUACUUGGUAAAAAUCACUUUUCGACCAAAUAUCUUGAUAACAAAAUGCUUUCACUUGUAGCCUCCCCAAUGUGGUUACCAUAUACCUUUUCUUCAUACUUAUCAUUUAAGAACACUUCUGUACCUAGUACUGUACAGCAAAAUCUUUAGAAAUAAGUACACAGCCCCAGAGAGAGACAUUAGCACUAUCAGGGUAAGGGUACGUGGGUGAUUUUUAUAAUCGUCCAUCAGACAAUACUCAAAGCUAAGGUAAGACAAUUUACUGCAUUUUUGGGACCGCUUGCUACAUUUAAGUCUACAAUUUACAAUGUAGCUCUACCUUUUUGUUUACAUUGGUUAUUUAGCCAUCAAUGUGGUUUAUUUAGUAAUAUAUCUUCUUUUCAUUAUUACUCUUUGCAGUGUAAGAAAAAUCAGUUCAUCUCUCAUCUUCGAUCUAUCUAAUCCAUUUUGUUGUAUUGUAUUUAUUAGUUUACUUCCCAUUCACAACUGGGUAUACUUAAAGGCUAUUGAAACUUUUGGGGUAAAAAAUUCUUCUUGAUUUUUACUUAUUAUGGUGCAUAACACAUUUUCUCCAUAUGUCUUUAUUAAACAAUUUGCUCAGUUUAUUUCCUAUAGAAUGCCAUGUGAGCUCUGCUUUCCCCCUACACUUGUAUGCAACCCAUGUACUUGCCUUCCCUAUCUUCAGCCUGUGCAAGCUUUCCUCCAAGGAUUCUCUCCAUUAUACUCAUAGGUUUAGCUAGUGUGCAAUCCCUAUGUUACUAACUCAGAGUGCAGAAUGUCUGUCUGUCACACUCUUUGGCCCUAAUUUACUAAGAGUGGAGUGUAGGUUUCUUUGUGGGUUUUAAUUCCUUACAAAUUUUUUUCCACGGUUUUUACUAAGGUUUUCCUACAUUUUACAGUUUCCCUACAUUUUGCUUUUUUUACACAGGGGUUUUCCUGAAAUUCACCACAUUUUCUGUGGAACUCUUAGUAAAUAUGUUGGGUUUUUUUGAAAAUGUUGGGAACACGACCCUUUUUGGUCACCACGCCUUCCCCCGAUGGCCAUGCCCCUUUUUCGGGUUUUGGUAGUAAAAUGGAGAGUUAGUCGGGUUUUUUUUUUAUUUUUUAUUUUGGCACAGACAGAAUUUAUGGCGCAAUGCGUGAGAAUCUGGCGCACAACAUGUGGGGUUUGCAAUAGUAAAUGAGGGCCUUUUUCUGAGCAGCAGCCAAAUGGAAAUAAAUUUUUAAUGAAGACCAUUUGGAAAGCUUGCUUUAUCUUGCAUUCUGGAACCAAAUUAUUAAUAAUAAUAAUAAUAAAAAUAAAAAAAAACAUUGCAUAUGUGCUCAUAGCCUUUCAGUAAUAAUGACAACAUGUGUGAUAACAGCUUGUUGAUGGAUUUUAUGUAUGAUUUUUUAUUUACACUUCACAGAGUAAUGUGAAACAAAACAAAAUAGGAGAAACUGUAGCAAAACCUUAAAGGUACUAGAUUUUAAAUACGAUUACUCUAACAAAUGUUAAUGAAAAGUAGAGCUGCAUUGUUCAGGUUACUUGUCUGUGUGCCUCUCUGAAAUAAUGAAAUUUAUUAGAAUUGUGUUGCUAAUAUCAGACCAGAAUAGGUAUUUUUCUCUACAUUUUUAUCUAGUUUUGAUUGCGAGGUUUGAUAGGUCAGCUGUUUACUGAAGCAGUAUAGAUUUUUAGAUUACAGUCAGAUACGGUAGAAUGUAAUAGCAGUAUGCCCUAUUUCGGCAGUAUUCAAACUAUAACCCAGAUUAGGGGUAUGUUCACAAGUACUGUAUACACUGCGGACUGUAUGCUGUGUCAAUAUAAAUAAGUAGCUCAACAAAGUAUAUACAGUAUGUGUGAACAUGCCCUAAGAACUUACUUGAUAUGGUCUUUUCGAUUGGUACUAAAAAGUGACGAUAUAAAAACUCUACACAAAUACUGUCAGUAAAAUAUAUGGUAGUUAGGCUCAUAUUAUGUCACUUGCAAUGUAUGCCUCAACUUGUCACUCCCUCAUUAUCUGUUACCUUGAUUUAAAGCCCACUGUAGUAUUACACUGAACUUACAACAUGGGAGUGCUAAUAAAUGGGUGCUCAGACCUUCUGGUUAAAUCGGAAUAUUUGAGUUUUCCUAGAAACACUUUUUAACUAUAGUAUACUUAAGCUACUGAUAUAGCAGCAUUUCUAUUAAAAAGUAAAUAGACUAUCCAAUACACAGCACUCCCCAUCAGACUACAAUCCUAGAAUGCAGCUGGCAACCAAUUAGGUCACUUCACACUCCAGUUCACUAGUCUACAGCAGAAGAUAAAUAAAAAAAAAAGUGGAAAAUGACCUGAUGGAAAUGUAUCACCUAGAUUUAUUUUUUACUGAUGAAAACCAGACAUUGAAAGUUUUCUUUUCUGUAAUGUUUUUAGUUUUAUCUAUUUUUUUUAUUCUAUUCUCUGUACAUGACCAUCUUGACUGAGCUGCUGUUACCAAAAUUUAGAAAGACCUUCAUAAACAGCUACAUGGACCAUAUGACAUGAUACAUUGGGGCUGACUAAUUGAGUUUUAUGAGAUAGUGUUCUGGGUAUUCUCUGUGACCUGUCCAGGGAGGGAAAGGAGAUGGCCUGUGACCAUCACCUAUUGGGAAUUAUGGAUCCUGUGUUACCUAUAUAUAGUUGUCACUCUUCUUUAUAAUCCUACCUGUGAUAAUAAUGAGGAGCCUGCUGAAAAGUGAAAUUUACUAAAUAUAAAGUAUUCAUCCCAUUCUAGAAUUGGGCUUGCUGGCCAAAGGGAAAACUGCAAGAUUUCAGGGUUUUGGUUUUUGUUUUGAUUUUUUUUUUUAAAUAUAGAUUUUAAGAAAAUUCCAAAAAAACUGUUUAACAUAACAAUUUGAUUUAAACUAUAGGUCAUUUUCUGAUGACUUAUUCCCUUUUAAGGCCUUGUUUACACAGUGUUUUUAAUGGGACUUUGCUGCACCAUGCACUCAGAUGAAAUCCCAAUUCUGCCCUCUCAAUUCUUUCUAUGGAAUCCUCUUGGAAAUGCAUUGAUGUCUAGGGAAACAAUGCAUUUCCAAGCUGUCCUAGCACUGGCGGCUGCUAUUUGCUGAAUGUCCGUCAUAAAUUGUCCAGGCGAACGUUUAUCAAAAAUUCUGCUGUGUGAACAUGGCCUUACAACUCCAGAAAUUACAUCAGACUUUUCCAGUAGUAAUAUUGCAAUUUUAUUUUAGUGUAACUGCAUGUUCUGUUGUAUUCAGGGGGACUUGGCUUCAUAAGUUUCUAGAUUGCCCUAGAAGAAUACAUUUGAGGCCCUUUUCUACUUGGUUUUAUGUUGCACUUUCAGCAUUGUUUCUUUGUUCAUCAUGUAUGCUCUGGAAAUGCUGGCAUUUUCUCCCUUUUCUAUUAUUCCAGAUAUAUUAGUUGUAUUUAUGUUUAGAUUUUAUACAUUUCAAGUUUAAUAAUUCUCCUUUUUUUUUAAUAUAAAAUUGUUUCAUGUGCAUUUUAGCUCUUGUCCAGUAAAGCACUAACCUGCCGGGAGUAUGUAUAGGACUAGUAAGUUUAGGAGAUGGCCAUACUAUAUACCUAACCAUUAUUUUCUGCCUAUUUUAGGCCCUUUUCACUUAAUUUUUUUAUGAUUACCAUGUAUGCUGGGAAAGCUGUCCAUGAAUAUGCUGGGUUACAUUAGCCCGAUGAGGGUAAAAAAGUGUCCUUUUCUCCACCAUAUGUCUGAUAGGUCAAUAUACCACAAAAGCGAAGCUUUUAAUUACAAAGUAUUAUAAAUUAGACCCCACUUUUCCAUAUAGAGAAAUCCUGUUAGAAAAAAUAUCUGUUAAAUAGUUAACAUAAUAGUCUAUUGGUGUCAAAUGCCACUGUAUGGUGUGAAUCAGACUUUCAUUUAGUGUAUAUAUCAUGAGCUUUUUCCAUCUUAUACACUAAACACAGACAAAAGAAUGAGCUGUGAACGAAACCUUUGUGCGGUGUUUUCCAAUGAGUGCCUAAACUCCCAACAUGCUCAGACAGCCAAAGGCUGGGAGUUUUCGGCUAUGUUCACACCACCGAAUGUCUGCACGGCAAAUCGAGAGCUGGGACCGCACGGGAAUGUGUCGUCUCAUAGACAGCUAUGCAUUCCAUGCGGUGUCUGCAGAAAGAAUGAAAAGGUUCAUUCUUUCUGCGGACACGGAGAAUUGAAUUUCCGCUUUGUGCACAGAGCAGCAGAAUCCCGUGGAAUUCAAUGGGAUUCUGCUUCAGUGGAAUUUCCGUGCGGACAUUCCAAGCGGUAUUCUGCAUGGAAAUUUUUAGGUAUGAACAUAGCUUUAGUUUUGCAAUAGCCGGAGGCAUCCUGGUUGGGAAACACUGCCUUAGUGAGUUGAACAGCUUUACAGUUCAUGGUUUCCAAUUGUAUAAAAUAGAGAGAAAAAUGACAUGUACAGCAUUAGGCUAGGCUUACACAUGCUGGUAUUGGUGUUGAAUGAAUGACUAUAACUCAAACUCACAAAGCAAAACUGUGCAUAAAUUUGUGCUGUUUAUGCCAAAAUCUGCAACUUGUGUUUUUGAAAUGUUCCCAGAAACAUGGUACCGUGGUAUGGUAUGAAUUACUGUCCUAAAUCAGAGAGACAUUAGAAAAUAAAAAAAAACAAACAACAAAUGAGACAAAAAGGGCAUGCUUAGGUUUAAAAUGUAUUUAUUUUUUAAACUUGCACUUGUGGACGUACCCAGUGUUUAGAUGUGAUGGAACAUGGACACGUGAUUCUAAAAUAUUGCUUUUCUGAACACGUGUGACAGCUCUAGAUAUUUGCCAAAAUAAACUGGAAAAGAGAAAGGGAUAAAAGAUGACAGCUCUUCCUGCCAAAGUAAUUGGAACAUUCCAAACAAUAUAGAUGAAGCUUCCACCACGUGGAGGAUUGUGGGUUUACUAUAUGUCGGACCCGUGUGUCAUACCAAAAUUCCUUUACUAGUGUAUGAUGGGAUUGUUUCUAUAUAAUGUAGAUUCUAAAAAUGUUAGCUGUAUCAAUUUAAGUAUUUGUAUGUACAGUAAGUAUCUUUAUAUGAAGAAUGAAACACAACAUUGUAUCUUCCAGAUUUCUCAUCCUUGAAUGACAUAUACAUGUAAUAUUAAAUCCCUUCAUGCACCUCAUAAGGCAUUGUAUAACCUAAUGGGAUGUAUCAUAACAUCCUGUAGCCAGCCCUGAAGGGUUAACUACCUAACCUCACAGGUCUUCAGGCGAAGAAGAAUUGUAUAGUGAAAUUUGUGUAUUUAGAAACUAUUACUGUUUCAUGUACAGGGGAAAUGUAAUGAUAAUGAACUGUACAGUGCACUCCACAAUGACUUUUGUGAAUUGUAUAGUGGUUUAUUAAUAUAGAAAACUGUUUUAGCAAUAUAAAUACAUACAUAUCAUCAGCUGUAAUUUCCAGCGCCUCUCCAAGAAGAAUACUCUAUUAUGUUACAGUACAACCAUAAUGGUCAGAAUGACCAUAUGUUUGCUAGACUGGAAGUGUUGUGUAUAAAUAAGAAGACACCACCACACAUCACAUGUACUGUGUGUAAAAUAUAAUCUAUCCCUUUAACAGCCCUGUGAAAGGUAUGUUAUGUCAAGUACAAGGCAUGGCUGGUUAUAAACAAGGAUACUUGUGACAAACCUAUAAUGUACAAUAAAUCAGAAUGUUGACAGAUGUUUAUGGGACUGAGCAUAGUUGUACCCUGGAUCUCAGCUGAUCUUAUUGUAAAUGACACAGCUUCUGGCAUAAUUUCAUGAAGUCCUAAUAUAACAUUGCUGUGUACAUUAUCCUCAACUAGAGGGAGCCUAAAAUGCUUUGCUGUUUUGCCAGACAAGACAGUUUGUCCUUUUAGUGCAUUAUCUUCUAUUGUAGGGAGUAGAAUACAGUAGUGUUAUAAUUUUUCUGUAGAUCAUGUAUUUCAUAAUCUGCAUGUGCACUUUUUGGAUGAAAUUGAAAGCCCAAGAGCUGUCUGAACAUUAACUGUGCCUUUUUGAUAAAUGAGUUUGUAUAGGUGUUUCUGGGUUUGUGCCAUAUCCAUAUGAUCACAGGUUUCAAGCCCAUGCUCUUACUUUUCUAAGAGGAUUUGCAAUACUUGGUCAGAUAUUUAUCUCCUUCACUCUUGAAGGGUAAGCUGUGUGUACUUUCAACUUAAUCGGCUUUCUUCUGACUGGACUCCUAUCCACAGGUAUCGGGAGGAAUGGCAGGGUCAGAGGGGAGGGGCCUGUUAUGUAUCUUAAAUUGUUGCAUUUAUGUCCACAUAUUGGGUGUAUAUACAAUGAAGUCAUUACAUUUUGUGGCAUAUUCUUAAUAGCCAUAGCAACAAGCAGUGACCUCUUACACAAAAGUGUGACUUCAUUAAGAUUCACAUUUUUUUUGUUGUUUAUUUGCAUCUCACAGCUUUUAAGUACAAAAAAAUCCAGUAAUGUGUAAAUUGUGAGUUCUGUAACCUGUAUUCCUAGUGCUGACAAUAUGUGCACUAGGACCUCAACCGAGAAGAGUCCGUACCAGGUAUGACUGAAGGUUAUAUAUUUACACCUUUGUUCUCUUAUAAUUAAGAAAAAUAACUUGUAAACUGGACUCGUACUUUUAUGCACGCCUGUUUUACCAUCAUUGCUUGUUUUGUACUGUUACAUUUUUAAGCAACCAAUAGACUGUUAUAUAAACAUUGAGUAAAGACCAGUGUUAUGUAUCGAUGAAGAGCCUGAACCCAUGACAAAAUGAAUGUGAUAAGAAUAAUAGAAAACAACAAGAGACAAUUAUUUAUAUAUAACAAAGGUUUAUUUGAUGAUCUUCUGUGUUGAACCUUUGAGCAGGAAUAGCAGUGUUUCUUAGCCAAACGGCACACACGUUGAACCCCAUGUAUAAUUGCAAAACAUUUAGUUGUUGCCAGUGGCAACAAUUCAGAUCCCAUCAUUCAGGGAUAUUUUGUCUGCAGUAGUUAUACAUGGGGUCCAAUGUUUUCAAUAAGUGUCACUAAGCUAGAAUGGAACAAAGUUUUAAGAAUAACAAAUGUCUUGUGUUGUAGCAUGUUAACUGUUCAUGUGUUAAACAUCUUGUCCAAUGGCUUUUUGAAAAUUAAAGCACUACCACUGGUCAGUAGUUUUGUAUUUCCAAUUAGAAUAAAAAUGUGAUCAUAA